AUGGAUAUCAAAGGACUUAAGCUUGGCAUUGGCCAUGGGGUCAUAAAUCGGCAACGGAAUUUGCAGCUUCAUGCUCCACGUGGAAUGUCCGUGAUGCCACGUGGAGGAAUGUUAAUGAAGAAAAUAACUUGUUCCUCAAUCAAGACAGGCGUUAAUAUGGACCAACGGGCUGACGUGGUUGCCACCGGGAGGCUCAGCGACAUGUGGCAAGACUACCAAGGGAGCAACCAUUGGGACGGAUUGCUAGACCCUAUGGACGACAAUCUACGUGGCGAGAUAUUGAGAUACGGGGAUUUUGUGGAUGCGGCCUACAUGUCGUUCGACUUUGACACGUCAUCACCAGGGUACGCCACGUGUCGGUUCCCGAAAAACACGAUGUUGUCGGACUGCGGGCUUGGGGGAAGGGGUUAUACGACGACGAGGUAUUUACGGGCCACGAGUGGUGUCCGGUUGCCGAGGUGGGUCGAUGACAGGGCGCCGAGUUGGAUAUCGGCACGGUCUAGCUGGAUGGGUUACGUGGCGGUGUGUAAUGACAAAGAAGAGAUAUCGAGGCUGGGUAGGCGUGACGUUGUUAUUGCAUAUAGGGGAACAGCCACUUGUCUCGAAUGGGUGGAGAAUGUACGUGCCACGUUGACUUGCUUAGAUGGCGAAUCGGGUCAGAACCCAACGGAAAAUAACCCGAUGGUGGAAAGUGGUUUUUUGAGUUUAUACACUUCUAGAACUUCACCAAGUGAUCAAAGUCUACGUGAUAGUGUGAAGGAAGAGAUGGCUAGGAUCAUGCAAACUUAUGGCGAUGAGCCGCUCAGCGUUACGGUCGUUGGCCAUAGCCUCGGAGCGGCUCUCGCGACUCUAACCGCGUACGAUAUAACCGCAACCGCAAACGCCUGCCAUCGUCCUCCUCCCUUGGUAACCGUUUUUUCAUUCGGAGGGCCACGUGUAGGGAAUAGAAGCUUCCGAUCCGAGUUGAGUAAAAGAGGGGCUAAGGUCCUACGGAUUGUGAACUCGGAUGAUUUCAUCACAAAAGUGCCCGGUUUUGUGAUUGACAACAAUGACGUGUCCGAGAUUAAUGAUCUAUCGGAUUCGGGUUUGCCAGGGUGGCUACAAAAACGGGUGGAUACUAGAUGGGUCUAUGCUGAUGUGGGUAAAGAAUUGAGGUUAAGUAGUAAGGAGAGUCCGUAUCUUAGUAACCCUGACGUUGCCACGUGUCAUGAUCUUAAGACGUAUCUACACUUGGUUGAUGGAUUUGUCAGCUCCACGUGUCCUUUUAGAGCAACGGCCAAGAGGCUGCUAACCAAAAGCUAACUUCUUUUUAUAUAUUGGUUUGUACAUAUAUAACUCAAUGAGUCUUACUCAAUUUGGUA